CUGCCUGGUAGUCGAGGGGGUUGUGAUCAUGAUGGUGGUGGUGAUGGUGGUGGUGGCGAUGGAAGUGAUGGUGACGGUAGUGAUGGUGGUGGUGGUGGUGGUGAUGGUGCUGGUGAUGGUGGUGAUGGUGGUGAUGAUGAUGGUGGUGAUGAUGAUGGUGGUGGUGAUGGUGUUGGUGGUGAUGGUGUUGGUGGUGAUGGUGGUGGUGGUGAUGGUGGUGGUUGUGAUGUUGGUGAUGAUGGUGGUGGUGAUGGUAGUGAUGGUGGUGGUGGUGAGGGAAUCUCACCUGCCCCGGUUUGGUCCAGUAUUAAAGAUGUGGUCGUCAAGACCGCGAUCAGUACGGAGGCCGCGUUCAAUGCGGCUGUCAGUUCAUAUUGCAAUCAUUCGUGUUCCGUGCACGAGGUGUUCGGAUUUGAUAUUUUUCUAGACGAAGAUCUGCAACCGUGGUUGCUCGAGGUCAAUGUGUCCCCGAGGCAAGUUGACACUUUGAUCGAGUUAAAGAAUCAUUGCUAA